AUGGCAACUUCGCAGUCAUUACCUACCUCGUCGAUAGCCCCUAGUAUGAAACCGGAGGCCUUGACAGACUUUGUAUUAUUCGAGGAAAACGAACCUAUAUAUUUCGACUCGCGGCAGUUUAUUCACCAGAGCAACCCUCAAUUCCACUCAGCGCCAAUCCACUCAGAUAAUUACGUUACAUCAUCAGCAUCACGGGGUGGAGUUGUAGAUUGGAGUGCAAUGUUAGAAAACCCGAGUAGUAUAGAUAAUAAUUUACAUACAAGGCAACAGCAGCAAGAGGGAGUUAGCAAGCCAUUCUACCCCAUGGACCUUCCACCAGCUACGUCGGCCUCAUCAUUCGACAACUACCCACCCUACACCGGAUACGGGAUCUCAGAAAGCUUCGCAGACGAGAUGCCCCCAGCCCCAGGCGUCCUGGUUCACCCUCCAACAUUUCCUUAUCCGUCUAAUAUUCCUCAGGAUGACUAUAGGCAAAGCCCCUUCCCUUCUCCAGUCACCUCGGCCGGUGGAUGGGAUGGCCACUCCUCAGUCACAAGUGCGAUCUCUGGAUCUGAAGCUGGCAGCAACUCACCUUACCUCAAUGACGACGGCCUGUACACUACUCAGUAUCCCACUGCAACAGGAAGUGUCGACCCUUCGCUCAUCAGCAUCCCUUCACCAAACCAGCUGAACGAUGAUGCCCCGGCCUCGGCUUCGUCGCAUGGCUCACCCGGUUGGCAAUCUGCACCGUCUCCAGUUUCUAACCCUGGGUCGCCGGUAUUUAACAAGCCAGUAAGAUCUGGUGGAUCCGUUGGUCGUCUGUCACCUUACCCAGCACGCGAGCGCCCAGCUCCUUACCCAACCCGGAGGCCAUCAGUAUCGUCCCAGGGCUCCCGCAGAUCCCAUGGAUCACCAAUUGGAGCUGGAAAUUUGGAAUGGUUUGAAGAUCCCAGUGGGGUCCAGAGUGGUGAAAUCUUUGCAGGACAGCAAUUGCAAAGGGCUGCAAGUGCCGAGUCCCACCGAUCAAGGGGGGUCAGGGCACCAAGCAGCUCUGCCAGCGUCCCAAGCAGCCAUAGUGGUGUUGGAUCAUCAGGAAAGGAUACAGUCUGCCCGGAGUGCAACAAGAGUUUUAGGGAUCUCAGGGCACAUCAACUCACCCAUCAGUUGGAGCGACCAGUGAAGUGUCCGAUCGCAACAUGUGAAUACUCGAAAAAGGGAUUUGCUAGAAAAUAUGACUGCCAAAGACACACCCUGACACACUACAAGGGAACAAUGGUGUGCGGGUUCUGUCCUGGAUCCGGGUCGGCAGUGGAGAAGUCGUUCAACCGUGCAGACGUGUUUAAGCGCCACUUGAUGUCUGUACACAAUGUCGAGCAGACGCCUCCAAACGGCCGCAAGAAGAUUGGAUCAAAGCAAGGUUCUUUCACUGCGUCUCCUACGGAGGAAGACCGCUUUUCUGGCGCAUACAUCACCGGAAAGUGCAGUAUUUGCGCGGUCACCUUCGCCACUGCUCAGCAGUUCUACGAGCAUUUGGAUGAGUGCGUGCAGCUCAAGGUUGUCCAAGAGGAGCCAGCUGCAGCAUUCAACGAAAUGAAUCUUGACUCGGUCAAGCUAGAAGACAUGGAAGAGGCUUCAGAGAAGGGAAAGCGAUUCAACAAAGAUGAGGAGGAGGAGGACGAGGAAGAUGUCGAGGAAGAGGACGACCUUGCCGAGGAGGGUGAAGACGGUGCCGAUGACGGAAAGGAUGAAACCUUUACCCCACCCGGCCGCAAGUCCACCGGCAAGCUUGGACGCAAUGGAUCCAAGCGAGCCACUCGCGGGGGAGCAAAGAAGCCCGCUUCCGGGAACGGAAGCGGUGGCUCACGUCCGAGGUGA